GGCAAGUGAGACGAAGCCGACGGCAAACAAUCCUGUGUCUCGAUAAGGAUAUUUUGGAGGUAUCGAGAACUAUGCUUCACCGGGUGCGGCGGGUAUGGUCCAAACUCUUUGGUCGCUACCUCUGGAUGACCAAUACCGUGAGCUGCGGCAUUCUCUUAGGGGUCGGAGAUGGCAUCCAGCAGCACAUAGAGCGAGCACGAGGAGUUUCCACGAGUGAGCGUUACGACUGGGCAAGGACAAGACGGCUGUUCCUUGUUGGUCUGAGCCAAGGACCUCCUCAUCACGUGUUCUAUGUCUGGCUGGAUAAGGUCUUACCACAGAAGAAUGCAAAGACGGUUUUCAAGAAGAUUAUGGCCGACCAGUUCUUGGCGGCUCCGUUCUUUGCCGUUACUUUCUUCCUGUUUGCUGGCCUCCUGGAAGGAAAGACGCUGCCCGAAGCCUGGAAGGAGUUCAAGCAGAAGUUUCCAGCUGUUUAUUUGUUUGAUUGGUUCAUUUGGCCACCAACGCAGGCAAUCAACUUCUAUUUUGUCCCUCUGCAGUACAGGGUGGUUUAUAUAAACUGCAUUACUGUUGUUUGGGACGUCUUCCUUUCAUAUAUGAAGCACAAGGACCAAGUUAAAACACAAGAAAAGGAAAUUUGACAACGAAGCUGAAUAGUAUGUUGUCAUUUCUAACAUGUUUGUGUGUUCUGUAACAAAUUUAUUAACAUAUAAUUAACAAAGAAUAUUUACAUGUUCUCGGUGGUAAUUGUUUUACGGCCUCAGAACCCAGUGGUCACGGAUGGCAUGAUGUGCUUGCAAUGUCUGUUACAGUUAUAGUUUAUUAGUUGUCUUUACACAAGUACCUUAGCACCAAGGAGGAAAUUAUUUGUCCAACAUAUCUCGCCUCUUUAUCAUUUUCCUUUAUUUUAUAAAAGAUUCCAGUACAUUUUUUUAUUGUUAUCAGCAUUUUGAUAUCAUUAUGAUAAUUGUAAUGUCAGUGCCAAUGAUAACAGCAUUGGUAUUAAUAGGAUUAGAAGAAAGUAUUUUUGUUUCUGAAAAUUUAAAGAAUGGGGAACUCAUCUGAGGACAUUAGUGCCUACUAAUUAACUCCUUUUUGACUGAGUACUUGUGGAGCCAUCUGUUUAGAGGUUAACAUGAAAAGCCGCAGUUGACAGCACAUGAACCAGUGACCAAUGAGUCAAUAAUUAAUUCUUUUUAAGCUAAUCAACUGGUUAUUUUUGCUUGUUCCUCAGAAACUUGAGAGAGAGAAGGAAAGCUGACAGACAUGAUAUGCCUGUUGUAAUUACAUUGAAGUCAAUUCUACAUGUUAACAGAUGCUCAGCACAAUUAACAGUUUUUGCAAUGCUCAUUAAGCUAUAUUCAUUUAUUUUAAAGUUCAGUUCAGAAUAUAUACCAGAUAAUAUAAAGAAAAAUAUAUAGGUAAAAUCCUAGAUUUUAUUUCCUUUUGUACACUGCCAUUUCCUCAGGGUGAACAUUUUUUUGUGAUAUUUUAUUGUAUAAAGUAGAAGGUCUUUACAAAAUUUAUAUUAAUUUUAAUACGGGAAAUUACAUCCUAAUAUUGUACACCAGUUUAAAAGCUUAGUCUCUGGUAAAUUGUUUCACAUUUUAUGAAUAGAUGGCCCUGCACAUGAUGUGAUUAAGAUAUUCAGAUUCCUUAUAUUUUUUAUAUUAGUGACAUAUUAAUAUGGCUGUUUUAUUGACUAAUAUUGUAGUAGAAUUUAUGAUGGUAUGUGACAGCCAUACACCACUUUAUAUAUAUUAGUAUAACAAGUGUUUUUGGUGUGUGUGUGUGUGUGUGUGUGUGUGUGUGUGUGUGUGUGUGUGUGUGUGUGUGUGUGUGUGUG